GGGAAGAAACAGGAGAACCAGGAGAAAACAUAAAAACUUCACGCCGAAAGCUGCCCGAGUCGGGAAUCGAACCUCUGAAACCUUUUGCUGACAGGUCCACCAAGAUGCAGUGGACACCAGAGCACUCCCAGCACCUGCCGCACUGGCAGGGCCAGCGCUUCGACAUGCCAUCCGGAGGCUCUCUACCACUCCACAAGGCAGAGGGAGCCUUCCGCGGACACAUCCAGCACUUCCGCUACUCCUGGGCCAAUGACAACAUCUCAGAGCUCACUGCGUCAAAUCUGCUCAAGAAGUACGCGGAGAAGUACUCGGAGCACCCCGCCCAGCCCCCACGUCUCGACGAAUCCUCCUUGGCGCUGCUCAACGGGCAGAAGCAGGACGGGGCGCAGUGGCAGACGCCCCUCGACGAGGCGUACAGCAUAAACUGCACUCAAGACGCUGUUUGCACUGGGAAAGCCAGCAGCGACGCCCCGCUACCACCCGCCGGUCCUCUUGCCAUGAACUCACCCAUAAUGGCUGGGACGAUGUCAGGACCGAACUACCCUGUGCCCGACGGGCGCAACAUCUCGGGCUCACAUCCGGCGGCGGCGGCGGCCAACACGCAGGUGUACUCCGCCGGCUACAGCAACGGCUCCUACCCUUCGUCCAAUUUCUGCACGACGUCGGGCUCCACGCUGCCCUCCCCGCGCCCGUCCCCGGCUCGCAGCGCGGGCAUGAUGCGCUCCGAGCAGACGAGCACCACGGCGAGUAUGAUGCCAGGCACGCAGGCGUAUUCGUACUCUUCGCCGCCAUAUGGGCCGCCCGCGCCCUCGCAGGCCACCAGCCCCGGGUACAGCCCCAGUGGGCAUCACAUCGCGUCGGGCUACAUGCCGGCCCAACACAACGUUCCUCUGUCAUCGACGACCAUGCCGGUAUCCAGCUACGUUUACCAUCAGGCUCACGGCUCACCCUCCUCCAACCCUUCAGGUGUCGGCCUGAGUGCUGGUAGCAAUCUGAAGAGGAAAGCGUCAUUUAUGUCUGAGGAUGGCGACAAUGACUCUGGAUACGGUAGCUAUGGUUGCAAACAGCCGUCCAGCUCCUUCACGAGCCAGAUGUAUCGACCCUAUGACGGUUACGAUGGUGCAGACACGCAGAGCCUCGGGGUGGGUUUUCAGCCGGUGACGCAGCCCCAGAGGCAACUGGCAGCCGAGCAGCCGCUGCGCAAGUAUGGCGUCGAGCCAAACCACACCAUCCACCAUCAAUCGUCUUCACAAGGGCCUGUUAAACAAUCGUUAGGACCAAAUAGCGAUCAUUUCAGCAGUAAAUUUAUCCCCUCUGCAGUAACACCUGAAAGCAGCGGUGAAUACAGACAUGCCGCGCCAUGGCCCCUUUAUCACCAAGACGCAGGUGCAGUUCCCUCCCAUGAGCCGUCUGUGGGAGAGAGACUUAAAAACAUAGAGCCGAGCUUAGUGGAACUCGUCACACGUGAAAUGCUGGAUACCAGCCCACCUGUUCACUGGGAUGAUGUGGCAGGGCUGGAGCAGGCCAAAAAUGCCAUGAAAGAAAGUCUGGUGUGGCCAAUGCUGAGACCAGACGUGUACUCUGGAGACACCCUAAAAGUUGCAUUGCUUUUUGGGCCUCCGGGGUCAGGCAAACGCCUGCUGGGCAAAUGUGUAGCCGGGCAGAUGAGCGCGAGCUUUUUCCGUGUAAGUGGAUCAGCCUUGGUCUCCAAGCGUGCCGUGGAGAGCGAGAAACUCAUCGACGCAAUGUUUGCAGUGGCAAUGUGCCACCAGCCCUCGGUAAUUUUCAUUGACUGCAUUGAAGCGGUGCUCGCGCAGCAGGCUGACAGGGACAACGAGGUGAAGAGAGCGAGGGCAAGGCUUCUGCUGCAUUUGGAUAGAAUAAGAUUAGCCUCAGGUGAGGAUCCAAAGGUGGCUCUAAUUGGUUCAGUGUCCCACCCAAAGGAGUUAGACGACGCGACCCUCGGAUGGUUUUCAAGAACUGUCUACGUGCCCCCGCCGGACGGGCCCGCACGACACCAGAUACUCCUGCGGUUUCUGUCGCGCCGCAGCUACUCGCUCAGCCCCGAGGAGAUGGUGCUCAUCUUGAGCAGAACGGAAGGGUUCUCGGGAGCAGACAUGGCCAGCCUCUGCUACAAGGCCUUCAUGCAAGGCCCCGUGCAGGGUUCCAGGACUCCAGACUUACAUGACCCUUCACGGCAAAUCAUGUACACAGACUUUGACAGGGCCCUGCGUGCAGUAAGAGCAAGUGUGUCCCAAAAAGAUGUAGAGAUGUACGCCGAGUGGAAUAAACAGUAUGGCAGUGGACAGGCAUAAUGUGGCAGGCUGAUAUGGCCAUGAAGUGUAAACCUUCGUGGUGUCAAUUUUAAGUCUCAGGGUUUUAACAGUUGCUCUCUGUAUAAGCUGCAAUUUAAAAAAAAAGUUGAUAUGGAUUGCAGUGGAAUUAGUUUGUUUAGAAGUUAUAUAUAUAUUUAAACAAAUAAGACAGUAAUAAUAAUGUAAGUGGCACAUAAACAUAACAGAUCGUCAGAUUACCAAAUAUCCAUCAGAUUAUUCGUUGGCCUUAGGACUCGGUCCAAGUAAAGGCAUGGAAAUGUUGCAGGGGCUAGGCACGUUUCUUGAUUCAAGUUGUGCAGUAGACAAUGGCAAAGGUGAACUUUGCUUUAUAAUCAAGUCUGUCAACAAAACAUAAUCCCUGAACCUUGCCCAAUUACAACAGUAUUCACGGUGUCUCAGGAGCACUCAUUGUUAUUCUUUGCCUGUGCUCAUUAUGUGUUGUUUAUUUUUUAAAGCAGCAAGAGAACAGAAAGCGAGAUGAAGUUAAAUGAAAGCUUUAAAACUCAGUAUUAAAGCCCAAUCGCUAAAUUAUAGUGUUGCGAAGUGCCUGAACAGGUUUGCUACAUUUAGUUUCUUGAAUUAUUUCCGAAAUAUAGAUCUAAUUCACAGCUUUAAAUCCAUUUUUAAAUGAGUCAACUGCAAAUCAUAGGGGGAUGAAACAAAAUAAUCACAGCGAUAGUCAAGCAUAAGCAGCGGCCUCAAUAUUUUAUGUGACAGGCAUGUUUUCACUCUCGUCAGCUCACUUGCCUGUGUUGUGUAAUUUGAGACAUAAGCUAGCGAUAAUCCUGCCUGAGAAUCAUUAUCUCAAGAUCACUUGAAAUACUCAGGAAAGCGAAAGUAUAUGAGUUUUCACGAAAUGAAUAAGCACUGUAAAAUGGCCGAGUGUUUUUUUGGCAAACAAAUUUCACCCCUUCUGAAAAUGUAAGAUAAUGUAUUUGUUAUUUGCGUUUUAGACAGAUAAUGGAACUGCAUUUGCAUUUCUCAAAGCAGCGCAUGCUGCUGGAUUAUCCAAAUCCAACAUGGCCUUUUGCUUUUGUUUUGACUGUAGGUCAUGUGACUUCAAACAAGAUUGGUGCAGCAAACCAAAGCAGAUCUGUUUUGGGCUGUCAACCAACUGUCACUCUGACUCAACUUUUCAGUAAACUGCACGUUUGCAAAAAGCACUUUGCAACAUUUUUACAAUGCUCUACCACCAGUGCAACACUCAAAAUGCAAAGCUUACCUCAGAAUGAAUGUUUUGAAAGGCACUAUGUAAAAAAAAACUGCUUUUGUUUCAUACUACACUUUCGUUUACCUCAUUACUUGAAAUAAUAGGUGGGUAACAGAAAGAUUGACACUGAAUGUAUUAUGUAGGAUAAAUUCAAGCUUUCUGUGUGUCCGAUGCUUUAAAACGUAGCUUAUACCAAGUGAAGGUUUUGUCCUGCAGUGCUGUGUAGACUUUAAUAGAAUAUCAUCAUUGAUGUUAGCCAUUUUGUACUGUGUGUGUGGGGGGGGGAAUAUCAGUCCAGUGAUUGGCCAUGACUCACAGCAUCACCUCAUGAUACAUUUGCUGCAUAGCUACCCAACCGACCGUUCUCCAGGCGCAAAGGUCAGAUGACCACCAUUACUGUAAUAAAGCUAAAGAUGGGGCUAUUGAAUUGUAGUCAUUAGCCAAAAUGAUCCAAAAACUCCUCGACCAAUAGCACGUGCAACCUAUAACCUUUGGCUGUUGACCUUCACAUGCUGCCUGUCUUCUAUGUUACCCAAUGGGAUUGCCCGGCAAGCAUAGGGAGGGCCGCGAUGAAGUGGGCGGGAGCAUGCGCACGAGAAGGCUGGAGCAAAAUCUGUGUGGCACAGUUGAAAGGUCAGAGUUCAGAGUGCAGCAAGUAAAUGGUAUGGAGGAGAGGUGCUCGGCCAUUGGUUGCAUCCACUGGUGACAGCUGAUCAGCUGAGAGCCAUAUAUCAGGAACAUGGCAGAGGACAGUAAACAUUCCUGCUGAUGCUCGUGGUGGGAGGGGGGGGGGGUAUGAAGGUGGCCGUGGGCUGACCAAAUACAGAAUACUAAUAGACUUAUAUUGGGAAAAGAAGCCAGUUUUAAGACAUCUAUGUCUGCGUGUACUGCCCGACUGCUUUUUCUACAGAUUAGCUUGGUCACGCACUUCGAAAAAUAUAGUUUGUGUCUAAUUUUUAGUUGUCUCCCAUAACGGGCUUUAUUUUGAAAUGAAAUAACGACAGUGCUGCACCGUUAUUUGAAUAGAAUUACACAGGUUAUGCUCUACAUUAAAAAAACUCUUAUUAGUAAUCAUAUUCUAUUAUUAUUAGUAUGUUGAAAUUUCUCAAACAAAUGCAAGCUCUGUACACAAACACAAAAGUCUCAUUUAGCUGGAGCUCUACGAUGCUGCAGUCACAAUGCAGACUGAGACAAAAGAAGCUUUCAGCUCCUCUUUCCGUGGGGUUGCCUGGUUUCUAACAUCCACACACACAAAAAAGAGUGAAAAACAGGAACCCCUUCUUUCAGGUCUUAGCAGGACAUCUGUGAUCCUUGCAGUUCCUGCACGCAGGCCCUCGUAACUAAAUUGGGCCUUUGUCUCAUGACAACGACAGAAGAAAAGGGAGACGCUGCUCUGGACUCCGGACUGUACUGCCAUUUUGGUAAUAAAAGCGAUUUAUCAUGGGAAGAACUGGUAGGGCUUUACAGCUGUCAACAAAGCUGGCCAUGCAUUGGCAUGAGUGCCACAAAGCCAAAUCUGUUGAGCAAGUGUGAAGGGCUCUGGGUUUUACACAUUCUUCCGUGCUUAUGAGCUAUGGGACUUCCUGUCUCGGUGGGCCAGCUAAAACAAAGGGGUAGCUGUUUCAACUGCCGUUUUUCAUCUAUAUUGCAGAGCCAUUGCCACACAAAAAAAUUCUUCCACUCCCAGAUGUACAAUAUUUGCAUACAAACAUUCUUUCAAUCAGCACUUUGACACCUUAAUUUAAACACAACUAAUACUCUUUACUUAACAUAAACACAAAGUUCCUUCAAAUUCAGGUAUAUUACCAGCCACCACGAAAAAUUGUGUUUUUUUUACGUCAUGGAAAAUUAGAGGUGUUUAUUUAGACGUAACAUAACUUAUCCUGAUUGUUUUUUCCCUUUCCAAAUUUAACCUCUAAUACAAUUUGUUGUUUUAUUAUUGCCAUUUUCCUGAGUGAAAUAAACAACAUUUGGAAAGGAAGUCUUUUUAGUUAAGAUAACAAACCACUUAUCUGAAAUUACUUUCUGGGAUUAUACCUCCAUUGGUUUGACAAACAAAAUAUGCAGUUAAAAAUGAUUUCGCAUUCAAGAGAAUAUAAUUAAUUUUUUUAAGUAUAAACGAGCUGCACACAAAGAAAAAAACGUUACUAAAUAUAUUUUGUUGUUAACGAAGGGCAGAGACAGGUGGUGAAAAGUGUAACUGAUCAUUAAUGUGGUCUGCCCUCUUGAUAGGUUUUAACUAUUAGCAUUUUUAAGAAUGUGUCACUGGUAUUAUGAUGGAGUGGGAUAACUCUAAAAAAGCCAAAGUAGACAUUAACUGUUGUUGUAUUGAUCUAUUGUAUAGAAAUUCACUCUAUGGUACAGUACUGUAAAACAUUUAAAUGAUAAGUUGUGUAUACAAAUGAACAUUGGGGUGUGAAACUAUGUUGUAAAUCAGCAAGUUACCUCAGAGGAUAGUCUUUGUGUUUUAGCUGCUUUUUUUUCCCUGCUCCACACAUUGUAAUAUAUUCCGUACAAGAAAGCGGCAUAUGUAUCUACCACAAACUUGCCAUUUCUGGUAAUGUACUCAGGCAUUAGCUGGCACAGCUGAUGUCAUUUAUGGACAUUGCUAUGCCAGCUGAAAGACCAACUCUACCUCAUCAAUAGACUUUGUACACAAUAGUUUAUAUUUAUUUUCUCAUUUCAUUGUCUGUCUAAAAAAGUUCAUUAUGUAUGUUUCACAUGAACAAACUCUACCUCAGAAAGCUUCUUAUUUGUUUUUUAGAACAGUAUUAUAAGCAGAAACAAAAUGCCAAAUGAUUUUUUGUUUAACUACUGUACUGUACUAAAAAUGUCAUGAUACAGUUAUAAUGUGUGUUCACCCAGGUUUGGUUUGUGCAACAUGCUUUGGUAUUUUCAGAUUUGUCAUUGUUUUUUAAAUAAGGCCCACAUGGUAAUGUUUGGCUAAAAAGAAAAUAUCAAACAAAAUGAUCACAUUCUCUAUGGGAUAAAAAAAAAUUACAAUAAUAAUGCUCUUUUUAAUUAUAAUUAAAAAAAGAAAAUGAAUGGGUAAAGGAUUCUUCAGAAUUCCAUAAUAAUAGCGGGGGUAUUUUUUUACCACCAUUAUUUUAGACUACAGAGUGAUAGUAAUUCCGGAUACAAAACAUCAAUGAAAAGUUUCAUGGUUACUACGCGGUGUAAAUUCAAUUCACCGCCUUCAAUGUAGCCUAUUUAAAAAUGACUUUAUGCAACUUGGACUUUGACAAAGCAGUUAUACUCGUCGUUUAUAGCACUUAGUGUUUACUGAUUUCCAGAUACUUCAUUGCUCUGUGGGGAUCUUAUUUUCGAAAUGAGAACAGAUACAAAAACAAAUGCUAUUGCAUAUUUCUUUUUACAUACCACGAUCGCACAGUUAUUUUGUUGUAUCCACAGGCCUAUGGCAUAGCUACAGCAACAAGUACUUAUUGGAUUUUUGUUAUUUUUAAACCAAUGGUGAAAUAAUGAUGCCUGUCACUCAGCUCGUGUUCCCUAAAAUCAUGUGUGUUCUUCAUGGUAAUAACCUAUAACUUUAAAUAUUUGCCAUUUACAUUGAAAGUGACCGGUUUAUGAAUGUUUAAAAAAAGUAUAAGUAAAGUGAAAAAUAUCACAGGCGUCACAACGCUGCAUACAAAUAGUGGUUCUUGCAGUUCCUCUGUAGCUUACUGUUGUUGCCUCACUUUGGGCUAAAGGUGUUUCCUCAAAGUCAAGUCAAAAUUAGAUUGCAUUAGAUUUUUUUUCUCUUUGUCUAGAUUGUUGUUUUAAAAAAAUAAGAACUUUUUGUGUUAUUUGUUGUACAUUCUGGUAUUUUAAAUACUGUAUAGUGACAAAGUAAUGAACAUACCUCAAAUAAAAAGUUAGUGAGUUGGA